AGGGCGUUUCCACCAAUGGGCGCGGCGUGCGGCGCGGAGGGGGCGGGGCCGGCGCGGGGGGCGUGCCCGCGGCUUCCAGAGAGUUCGGAGACGGCGGCGGAGCGGCGGCGGCGCACGUCACGGCAGCCGGGAAGAUGGUGAAGGAGACGGGCUACUACGACCUGCUGGGCGUGCGGCCGGGCGCCAGCCUGGACGAGAUCAAGCGGGCGUACCGGCGCCUGGCGCUGCGCUACCACCCCGACAAGAACCCCAGCGAGGGCGAGCGGUUCAAGCAGAUCUCCCAGGCCUACGAGGUGCUGUCGGACGCCCACAAACGGGCGCUCUACGACCGCGGCGGCGAGCGGGCCAUGAAGGAAGGUGGCCUCGGUGGCCGCGGGGGAGGCGGUGGCUUCGGCUCCCCCAUGGACAUCUUCGACCUCUUCUUUGGAGGGGGAGUGAGGAUGCGUGGCUGGGCAGACAGGAGAGGGAAGACAGUGGUGCACCAGCUCUCGGUGUCGCUGGAGGAUCUGUACAACGGCUCCACGCGGAAGCUGUCCCUGCAGAAGAACAUCAUCUGCCGCAAGUGCGGAGGCUGCGGGGUGCGGGAGGGCGCCCAGAGAAGGUGCCCCAAGUGCCACGGCUCGGGCAUGGAGGUUCGCAUCCACCAGCUGGGGCCCAGCAUGAUCCAGCAGAUCCAGACCGUGUGUUCCCAGUGCCAGGGCCAGGGCGAGUGGAUCCGGCCCCGGGACUGCUGCCUCACCUGCAACGGCCGCAAGGUGGUGAGGGAGAAGAAGAUCCUCAGCGUGCACCUGGACAAAGGCAUGAAGGAUGGGCAGAAAAUCACCUUCCACGAGGAGGGGGACCAGGUGCCCGGCCUGGAGCCCGGCGACAUCAUCAUCGUCCUGGAUCAGAAGGAACAUCCUGUUUUCCGGCGCAGCGGCGACGACCUCAUUGUCAGGAGGGAGAUCAGCCUGGCAGACGCCCUGUGUGGGUGCCGGCAGGUGAUCCGCACCCUGGACAACCGCACCCUGCUCGUGUCCUCCCCGCCAGGUGACGUGAUCCGGCCUGGGGACCUGAAGUGUAUCCCCAACGAGGGGAUGCCAGUCUACAGGAGCCCCUUCCAGAAGGGAAAGCUCAUCCUGCAGUUCGAGGUGAAGUUCCCCGAGCCGGGCUGGCUCCCCGCGGACCGCCUGCGCCAGCUGCAGGCCUUCUUCCCGCCGCAGGAGGAGGUGAUGGCCACGGAGGACACGGAGGAGGUGGAGCUCAGCGAUUACACGGCUCACGGCGGGCCGGGCCGGCGGCCCUACACCGGGGAAGCGUAUCACGAGGAUGAUUUCGAGGACGGCGUGCGGCAGCACGUCCAGUGCCAGACCUCAUAGCUGGGGGGGGCCCCGGAGCCCCCCGGGCGGGGGCGGGGAGGGGCUGGCGGAGCCUCCACCUUCAGGGAUGUACAUAGGUCGCCUUUCCGACAGCACCCGCCCCCCCCGGAGCCGGCAGAGCCCCCCUGCCCGGCCGGGUGAGGCCCCU